AUGUAGUAUAUUUCAUAUUAACAAAAUUGCUUUAUUUAAUAGCAGUAAAGCUCUAUGGCAUGUCCUCAUUUAACUAGGUAAGCAUGUGUGUGUGUGUGUGUGUGUGUGUUUGUGUUUGGUGGCAACAGUGAUGCAGGCUCUUGGCAACAGGCCUAAAAUAUCAAACACAGAUUCCCACUGGGGUCUCGUGAGUAGUCUUAUGUUCAUCACGGUCUCUUUGUGGUUUUAGUGUAUCUGUAAGAUACUGACUGUGUGCUGCUGGAAACGUAUGUGUGUGUGUGUGUGUGUGUGUGAGAGAGAGCACACAGUUUCCCCAUAUUAUUACUCCUAGUUAUACUUUAACUGCGAUAGUCUUGCGUUGUUUGACAUUCCGACCAUGACAAAGCAUGUGGUAUUUUACCUGUGUGUGUUUUGUGUUGUAUUCAGAUGCGUUUCUUGCUGCUGUUCAGUCGUCAGGGGAAACUCCGGCUGCAGAAAUGGUUCACGGCUCUCAGCGAUCGCGACAAGAAGAAGAUCAUAAGAGACGUCAUGCAAAUGGUGCUGGUGCGACCGCCAAAGUCCUGCAACUUCCUGCAGUGGAGGGAUCUUAAGAUCGUCUACAGGAGGUAUGCUAGUCUGUAUUUCUGUUGUGGUUUGGAGCAAGGGGACAAUGAGCUGAUCACACUGGAGCUUCUGCACAGAUACGUCGAGCUGCUGGAUCAGUACUUUGGCAAUGUGUGUGAAUUAGACAUUAUUUUUAACUUUGAGAAGGCAUACUUUAUCCUGGAUGAGUUUAUUAUUGGUGGAGAGGUGCAGGAGACAUCCAAAGCAUCUGUGGCCAAAUCAAUGGAGGAGGCAGAUUCUCUUCAGGAGACGAUGGAGGAGUAUUUAAACAAACCCACAUACUGAAGGAACAUGUUCAGAUCAUCACAGCCAUCACCUCACUCCCCAAAGACACAACAACAAGAACUUCAUAUGCUGAAUGUAUUUAAUUGAGCUUCCAUACAAAGU